CUUGAGUAGUUUGUGGUUACCUAGCAGCAACCUGUUGGAAAACCUGUAGAACACGGUCAAGCAGGGCCGAGAAGGAGACUCGGGACACAUCUGAAGACAUGUUGUAUUGGACUCUUUAUUUCUGGAGAGUACCACUCCUGAUUGUUCUGCUCUGGGACGGCUUCUGCGCUUCAGAAGUGAAACCUACAAGAUUUCCCCUGUUCUCCAAGAAACACCUUCUCCUCGCCUGGAAUGUCCCAACUCAGUUGUGUGGCUCCAGGUACAACGUUUCUUUGGAACUGGAUCAGUUCCAGAUUGUGGCUACACCAACUGAGAACUUUGUUGGGCAGAACUUGACCCUAUUCUACCAGGACCGCUUGGGCUUGUACCCCUACUUUGAUGCGGAUGAGAUGCCGAUGCACGGGGGGCUGCCGCAGAAUGCCAGUCUCUCGCAGCACCUUAGCGAAAUGCAGAAAGGUGUUGAUAAGUACAUACCAAACCGGGACACUAUAGGUUUAGCGGUUAUUGACUGGGAAGAAUGGCGUCCCCUUUGGAUGCGAAACUGGGGACCCAAAGACAUUUACCGCAGACGUUCCCGUGAACUGGUGCGCCAAAAGAACCCAACUUGGUCCGACGAGCAGGUGGGGAAAGUGGCCCAAUUGGAGUUUGAGAUGUCUGCCAAGAAGUUCAUGCUGGACACGCUACGCCAUGCCAAAAGCCUGCGGCCAAACAAGUUGUGGGGGUUCUACCUGUUCCCGGACUGCUACAACCAUGACUACCUGCGCUCCCUGGAGGGCUACACGGGCCGCUGCCCCGAUGUGGAGAAGGCCCGCAACGAGCAGCUGAAGUGGCUGUGGACCGAGAGCACGGCGCUCUUCCCUUCCAUCUACAUGCUCAAAGUGUUGCGCUCCUCAUCCGCAGGACGGCUGUUUGUGCGGAACCGUGUGCAGGAAGGGAUGCGUUUGUCUUCAUCCGGCGACGAGAUGGCACAUCCUGUCUUUGUGUACGCCCGACCCAUCUACGGCAACAACCUGGAAUAUCUGACAGAGUUUGACCUGGUGUCCACCAUCGGGGAGAGUGUCGCUCUGGGAGCUGCAGGAAUCAUCCUGUGGGGAGAUGCAACACAUGCAAAAAACAAAACCACCUGCUCUGACCUGAACACGUAUCUUCAAGGCACACUGAGCCCGUACCUCCUCAACGUCUCCACGGCAGCAGAGCUCUGCAGCCAGACCCUGUGCGGUUCUCACGGCCGCUGCCUUCGCAAACAUCCGGACAGCGAUGUUUACCUUCACCUCAACCCCCUUUCACACCGCAUCGAGAGGCGAGACGGCAAACUGACAGUCACUGGCGACCUGGCAGACCCAGACAAAGUCCUUUUUGACACGAACUUUCAGUGCCAGUGCUAUGGGUACUUUCACGGGAAAGGCUGUGAACGUAUGGAGCCGCUGCACCAAAAUGGGGCGGCGACUCGAACCAGAACAUCAGCGCUCCAGUGUGUCAUCUUCCUGAUGACCUUUGUGCUCCUGGGUUAAUGCCAAAUACAUACUUGUAAAUGCA